GUAGAUUUAAAAUGAUGUUCAAUCUGGAUCAACAGAAAUUGAAUAGACUCCCAGGUUGGACGGAAAGUGCGGAGUAGUGUAGAAUAAUUGGGUCCAGAGAGGGGCUGAAUCUCGUCAUCGUGUUCGUAGCCCACCGACAGCCUCCCGCCAAAUACUAUCGAUGAAAUGCACAGCAAAGAUUGUACCAAAUCUCACACAACGGGAUGGUCUUGUCUCUCAGCGAAUUUCCAGAAGAAAUACUCUAUAAUAUCUUGUUGUUUUGCAGUGCCUCGGACACUGUCGUUGUAGGAAGCGCCGCGCGCCGAUUUUGGGGGGUUACAAACGAACCAUUAUUAUGGAGGCAAUACUGCCGGACUCAGUUUAAAUAUUGGGCCCAAAGGCAUGGCAUGCCAGCAAAGCUUUCGAGCCCCGUCUCGAGUGUGGAUUGGAAAGCGCUCUACAUAUCCCGACAUCUUAUUGAUCGCGCCACCGGUCAACUCCUCGACAGCAUCCUUACCAGUCAAACUGGAAGGAUAGAAAAAUUUCAAUCGAUUAUCCGGUUUGGAUAUGAUGCCAAAGACACUCUUCUGCGCAAUAUUUUCGUCGACUCGUGUACAGAGGAUUACCUAGCUCGCAGAUACUAUGCCAAAGCAGUCCUGGCUAGUUUACACCGAAGCAUCGCCAUUCCUGAAUGGGAUGCACUUAGAAAUGGGAAUGCGAUAUCGCUUGCUAAUGCGGUGGGCGCGUUUGAUCUUUUCAUACCCGAAAGUAGAUUUGGCAAUUUUGAUGAGAUUAAUGAUAGAUUGGACGGGAUAUUUUCCUGUUUUCUCCUCGAGCAUCCAAACAUACUCAAUGUGACCUCUCGUGAAAAGGCAAGUGUUAUCGCUACAUAUUUGAGAGAUAAUAACAUGAUCGGCAUCGAACCCGGCCGGGAGUAUCAUUGCCUGGAACACAACUUUCUAGGCCUUGCACUGGAUGAUGCCGGGCAUAAUUCACUGCCAUUGGUGUCAGCAGUCAUAUACUGUCAUUUUGCACAGAGGCUUGGGCUUAAUGCCCGUCCAUGCGGUUUUCCUUUCCACGUCCAUGUUAUCGUUCUGCCUCCUCUGGGUUUUGACAUUGACGGUAACACUUUAAGUGCUGAUAAUCAAUGCGAACCGAUUUACAUGGAUCCCUUCCGUUCUAUCAAAGAGACCCCCACGUCGGACAUGAGGGCUCAGUUGAUUUUUCUAGGGGCAUCAUCAAUGGAGCAAUCGGCCUUUUUGGGUGAGUCAGGGACAUCUGAGAUUGUGCUACGGUGCAGCAGGAAUAUUUUAAAUUCAGUACAACGUAUCGGUCAAUUUCCCAGUGGGGGAUUGGUGCCAGUUGACGUUGGCUGCGCGCGAUAUGCCGCACUUUGGUCUUCCUUGUUAUUAUCAAACCCUCUCCGUCCAGCUGAGUCGCGACAUCAUCUUCUUUGGUUGAUGGAGCUAGUCGCUACCGACUUUCCGUAUGACAUUUAUCUCAUUGAGCAAUAUAUUGCGUCUAUCUUCCGUGGGACGCUGGAAUUUGAACAUAUUAUGGAGAGCGUACAUGUCAUCAGAGCCGUUGAUGAGAUGCAGAAACAGCCGAAAAGGCGGCCUUCUGAGCACAAUCGGGUGAACUAUCGCAUUGGUCAAGUAUUUCGGCAUCGUCGUUAUAAUUAUUCGGCCAUAAUUACGGGUUGGGAUGCUGAGUGCGGGGCUGGCGAGCAGUGGAUGAGAAGGAUGGGGGUCGACCAUCUCCAAAGCGGAAGGCACCAAAGCUUCUACCAUGUGAUUGUGGAGGACAAGAGCAUCCGAUAUGUUGCUGAGGAAAAUAUUGAAAUUAUCACACCAGUCAUUUCAGAACUGCCGCCAGCACUGGUCACAGUGGCGGGGAGAUAUUUCAAACGAUGGGAUUGUGUAUCACGAAAAUUUGUGAGUAAUAUGAUGGAUGAGUAUCCUGAUGAUUAGACUGCGGCAUAUAUUACAAUCAACAAGUUACUUGGUGUUAUGUGCUGCUACAUACAGAUAGCACACUGGAAAGUAUGCCUGGGGUAUGCUACAGCCGCUUAGCAGCUAUUAAGCCUAUUGUAUAAUAUUGUGAUAUCAUGGCUGGGUCCCCCUAGAUGAUAUUGGAACCUUUAAUACUGUUUAAAGGUACUAGUAUCCUGGAUUUCUACUAUCAGGAAG